AGGCGAUGAAGGCAAUGAAGGCCAUGAAGACGGCGAAGCUCAUGUCCAAAGGCGCCUUGGCCACAGAAUUGGCCGAGGCAGCUGAGCUCAAGAAGUCUCACGUCUCCAAGGUCUUGGAUCUGUUGGCAGAGAUUGGCACCAAAGAAGUGGUGAAGAACGGCAAAUUCACCCUGCCAGGCCUUGCCAUGAUCAAGACACGCAAGAAGAAGGCAACCAAAGGUGGCACCAGGAUGAUGUUCGGAAAGGAAGUGAAGGUGAAGCCCCAGCCCGCGAAGACCGUUGUGAAGGCCUUUCCUGUGAAGGUCCUGAAGGACUCGAUCUAAGACCCCAGCAGUUUACGGAAGCUGGUUCUCAGCGAGGAUCAGAUUUUGGGAUCGAAAUCUUGAGAUUUAUGAGGAAACACUGACGCCAGUCAGGUGGAACUUGAACCAUUCACAGCUGCGGUUCCCCUGCGAUGUGGAAAAA